AUGUCCACGGCGGUGAUUCGGAUGGAGGGACUCCCCCUCAAGCAAUUUGAUGGGAAUACGAUGUGCUCCGACGUUUCCGCAGUGAACGUAUCCAUCUUUGGCAAAACAAACACAUCAGAAGGUUUCCAAGAAUUUUCCAGGACGAGAUCGAAGAGUCUUCCUCCUGAAAGGUUCUUGGAUGCCGAGAAUCGGGGGUAUGACAAGGAAACAACAAGCGUAGUAUGCCUUUUGAGCAGUCCAGCAACGGAUGAGCUGGUCCACGGACUCCCCAUUGACGCAGAGAUUGAUUUGUUGGAGAAUUCCCUUGACAUGGACUACAUGGUAGAAGAUUCGCUUUCUCCUUCUAACGUCGAUGAGUUGGUGGUACGCUUGAGGAAUUUCCUGAGCAAAGAAGGUUUCAAGGACAACGAGAAAGUUCUGUCAACUGCUUACUUGCGUUCUGUGUUGUCUGGAACGAAGGACGGGAAGCAGAGGACAUUUGAAUAUGUAGCGCAAAAGAUCUUGAAAUCAUUAAGAUGGCGUGUUGAGAACGGGGCAGCUUCGAUAUCCUUCGAGGAUGUAUCCAGAUCGCUUGCACCAAAUCAUAUGUUUUGGUCUGGUUAUGACAAGUUCGGAAGACCGAUUCUUUAUGCUCGUCCAGCCCUCAUGGACUUGAAAACCUAUGACCGCGAUGAAUAUAUUCGAGCACAUGUUUAUCUGAUUGAACGCGGCAUCCAAAUGAUGGAGAAGGCACUUCUGAAUGUUGCAACAGAGGCAUACCCUGACCGUCUUGGAAUGCUGCUGGUCGGGCCCGUAAACCUGUUUGUCCGAGCGGCAUGGUCGAUUCUUUCUAAAUUGAUACCGAAGAGGCUUGCGAAGAAGAUUCACAUGUCGAAGGAUUUGACGUAA